AUGCUUGUCACGCUAAUCGCCAUAGCUCUCGUUCUGGAGACGCGCGGUCGCGAAUUAACAGAGUCCGACUACGAAGAGGGUGGCAUUAACUUCGCCUACCUCGGCCGACGGAUAUUCGGAAAGCCGAACGAAGAAUCGGGCCGUAACGUCGCCGCCUGGACUCCCGGCUAUCGGGAGAAUCCCGAAUUCCUCGGCACAUACGCCGAGGGCGAUAUACUCUUCGGGCCGCAGCGUUUGCGCAGUGCCGUAAAAUCGGAAUCGAGACGAUGGGUGCAUGGGAUCGUACCGUACGUGUUCAGCUCGAAGUUUUGGUUCUUUCAGAGGUUCAUGGUGUGGAGAGCGAUGGCGGCCUUCCAUCGGGAGACGUGUAUCAGAUUUGUAGAGCGUUCGGAUCGGGAUCGAGACUACGUGCUGUUCAUCUCGCAGCAUUGGGGUUGCUAUUCCAGCAUUGGUCGCGUGGGAGGUAAACAGGUUGUCAAUUUGCAAAGGCCAGGCUGCCUGAGGAGCGGGACGAUCAUUCACGAGUUGAUGCACGUCAUCGGAUUCGCGCACGAGCAGUCGCGUUUCGAUCGGGACAAAUUCAUCAAUAUUUCUUAUGAGAACGUGCAUCCCAGUAAGAAUUGGGUUUCUUUGGUCACUAAUCCAGGUCGAACUUUUGCAGAUAUGACCAGCCAAUUCGAUAUGUCACCGAAGCAGGACUUUACCGAUUUGGACGAGCCGUACGACUUUGGCUCCAUCAUGCACUACUCCUCGUAUGCGUUCACGUGGAACGGGCUCAUGACGAUGAUUCCCCUCGAUGGAGUUACGAAAUUGGGACGCGCCCAUUACUUUAGCCCUAUAGACAUCAUUAAGGUGAACAAGUUAUACCAGUGCGCACGAUCAAGCACUUAGUUUUGGUUAAUCCUUGC